GUUUCAUUUUUAAACUUGUGUGGUGUGUGUCGCGGUGGACGAGAGUGGCACCAAACAAGAAACAAUGGCGACAGCGGCGACUGCAGCGGGAGGAACUGGUUCAGGAGGACCAGCAACCGGUCAAAGUGGCUCAGGAACCUCGGUCGGGAGGAAGAAAGAUGGAGGGCCUUCUUCAAAAUAUUGGGAGAAUUCAGAAACUAUUAAUCAAUUGGAGAGUGUGCGCCAGUGGAUCGGGAAGCACUACAAAAAGUAUGUCCAGACUGACAACCCUUCUAGCAAGUCCCUGGCUGGGCUGGUCAUACAGCUGUUGCAGUUCCAGGAGGAUGCCUUUGGCCGAAGAGUGAACAACCCAGCCCUCACCAAACUGCCCGCAAAAAUCUUCCUUGAAUUCAAGGCAGGGGGUGCCCUGUGUCACAUCCUGGGGUCUGCCUACAAAUACAAGAGCGAACAGGGAUGGCGAAGGUUUGACCUCCAGAACCCUUCCAGAAUGGACAGGAAUGUAGAGCUGUUCAUGAAUGUCGAGAAGACCCUUGUCCAGAAUAACUGCCUGACCCGCCCAAUUGUGUAUCUUUCGUCUGACCUGGAGCAAAAACAAGCCAGCAAACUGAAGGACAUCAUUAAAAGACAUCAGGGAACCAUCACUGAGGAGAAGUCCAAAGCCACCCACAUCAUCCACCCGUCCCCAUCACAGCAAGAGGAAGAUGAGUGGCUGCGUCCUGUUAUGCGCAAGGACAAGCAGGUGCUCAUACAUUGGGGCUUCUACCCGGACAGCUAUGACACCUGGGUGUCUACCAGUGAUGUGGAAGCAGACGUGGAGGACCCACCCAGCUCUGAAAAGCCCUGGAAGGUGCAUGCCAAAUGGGUCCUGGACAUGGACGCAUUCAACGAGUGGAUGAACGAGGAAGACUAUGAGGUGGAUGAGAACAAGAAGCCUGUGAAUUUCCGCCAGCGCAUCUUCCCUCGCGAGGAGGAGUCUUCCCGUACACCCGAUCGCAAGGACCGCAAGUCCAUGGCCGGAGGCAAGAAGAGAAGGCGCUCCCCGUCCCCACCCAGCACCCCUGUCGAAUCCCGCAAGAAAGGCGGAAAGAAGGGGAACCCGGGACUGCACUGGAAGCGCCGUGGGCAUCGCGAUGAUGACGAGCAGGACGACGACCUUACCAAGGACAUGGAGGAUCCGUCGCCCGUGCCUGGAAUGGAGGAGAUCUCACUGCCCAAGAGCGUCAACCAGAAGAAGGACAAUGAAAGUACUCCUGUGAAGGGAGGAACUGUGGCUGAUUUGGAUGAGCAAGAGGAUGGUUCUGUGGUUUCUGGUGGCAAGGAUGAUGAUGAGCAAAGCAAGGCUGAGGUGAACCGCCUGGUGGACUCUGGCGAGGACAACGUGACCGAGCAGACCCACCACAUCAUCAUCCCCAGCUACGCUGCCUGGUUUGACUACAACUGCAUCCAUGAGAUUGAGCGCAGGGCUCUGCCAGAGUUCUUCAACGGCAAAAACAGAUCCAAAACUCCAGAGAUAUACCUGGCGUACCGUAACUUCAUGAUUGACACUUACCGCCUGAACCCGCAGGAGUACCUCACCUCCACCUCCUGCCGUCGCAACCUCACAGGAGACGUGUGUGCGGUCAUGAGGGUCCAUGCCUUCCUGGAGCAGUGGGGACUGAUCAACUACCAAGUGGACGCAGAGAGCCGGCCACUGCCAUGGGCCCACCCCCGACCCCCCCACUUCAACGUGCUGGCUGACACCCCCUCAGGCCUGGUGCCUCUGCACCACCGCCCCCAACAGGUGCCGUCUGCCCAGCAGAUGAUGAGCUUCCCAGAUAAGCCUAAAGACAGCAUUGACCUGCAGAAUUUCGGCCUCCGGAACAUGUAUUCCAAGAAGAACACCAAGCCAAGCAAGGCGGCUGGCAGGGAGUGGACUGAACAGGAGACUCUGCUCCUGUUGGAGGCUCUGGAGAUGUACAAGGAUGACUGGAACAAGGUGUCGGAGCACAUCGGCAGCCGCACACAAGACGAGUGCAUCCUGCACUUCCUGCGUCUGCCCAUCGAGGACCCGUUCCUGGAGAGCACCGAGGCCACGAUGGGGCCCCUGGCCUACCAGCCCGUGCCCUUCAGCCAGUCCGGAAACCCCGUAAUGAGCACCGUCGCUUUCCUGGCCUCUGUGGUAGACCCUCGCGUGGCGGCUGCCGCAGCCAAAGCAGCCCUGGAGGAGUUUUCUCGUGUGCGUGAGGAGGUGCCUGCUGAGCUGGUGGAGGCCCAUGUGAAGAAGGUGCAGGAGGCUGCCCGUAACACAGGCAAGGUGGACCCCUCCUUCGGCCUGGAGAGCAGUGGCAUCGCUGGUACUGCCCCCGAGGAGCCAGAGAAGCCAGAUGUCAGUGAGUCAGAGAAAAUGGACACAGACUCCUCAGACUCCCAGCAGCCCGACAAGUCCCAGGCGGAGUCCAAGGAGGAGUCUGAGAAGCCGAGCGAGUCCACCGAGCGCCCGGUCGAGGGAGACAAGGUGAAGAGCGAGGUGACCGAGCCGGCCGAGCGAGAGGAGGAGGAGAGCGAUGGAGGAGAGGAGAAGAGCAGAGAGAAAGACAAGGAGGAGGCGAUGGAGACCCCGGAGGAGGGGAAGGAGGUAGAGGAGGAGCAGGACGAAGCCCGGAAGAAGAAGGUGGAGCUGGACGUCGGGGAAGGAAACAUCGCCACGGCCGCUGCUGCCGCCCUCGCCUCUGCUGCCACCAAGGCCAAGCACCUGGCUGCCGUUGAGGAGAGGAAGAUCAAGUCUCUGGUGGCCCUACUGGUGGAGACGCAGAUGAAGAAGCUGGAGAUCAAGCUCAGACACUUCGAGGAGCUGGAGACCAUCAUGGACCGCGAGAAAGAAGCUCUGGAGCUUCAGCGGCAGCAGCUGUUGACAGAGCGACAGGCCUUCCACAUGGAGCAGCUGAAGUACGCCGAGAUGAAGGCCCGCCAGCAGAUGGAGCAGCAGGCAGCCGCAGCUGCCGCUGCAGCCCAGAACGCCACUGCCGGCGCUGGAAGCCACCACAGUGGGCCUCCCCCACACGGCCCCCAUGCUCCGCUGGCUACCCACGGACCCACUUCCCACGGGCCCAUGCCAGGCAUGCACCCUGGCCACCCUGGCAACCCUGGAGGACCUGGCCAUCCGGCGGGCCCAGCAGGCUUCCCGCCCAUGCACCACCAGAUGGGACCACACCACCCAGCCCAGACAGGACCAAUGGUAGGCCCAGGCCCGCCGAUGCCAGGUCGCAUGAUGCCUGGCCCACCCCCUGGCGGACCGCCCCCGGGCAGCAUGCCCCCCAUGAUGGGCCCUCGACACCCAGGAGCCCCCAACGGCAUGUACCCCGGACCUCCGCCUGCACAGCAUGAUGGGAUGCCUGCAGCCCCUGUAGGACCUCCAGCGCCUGCGCAGGCCCGUGUCGCUGAGAACUGAACACACACACACAGACCGUUUCUCGUCAUUUUUAGAGCCUCUUGUUUAGAAGGCAAAAGCUGUCCCCCUCUACCCCCCUCUUGCUCACACUGAACCCUGUGGACAGGCCCCUAUCUCUACUGACUGCCUUGCUGGUGGGUGGGUCCUCUCUAAUGAAGCCUCUCUCUCUCUCUCUCUGGGCCUUAUGCCCUCCUCACACCACACACACACACACACACACACACACACACACACACACACGCUUACUAGCUCAGGGCACAUGGACAAGGGUGCCGCGUUCCUUUCCCCCUGCCUCUCCAGCUCAUUAAUAGCACUGGUUACUCCCUUCCCUUCCUCUCUCUUUAGUAAGGCUCUGCCUGGUGCUGGUCGUAGCGCCCCCUGCUGUCUAGUAGCCUCCCAGGGGGCCUCUGGUGCAGAUGUAGCCACUGUCUGGUGGCGGGCUCCUCCUCCCUUGUAAUGUGACGGACCGUAUGUGUAUAUUGUGGUGUUCUGCAUAAGCUAAGUUCACAAAGGGGGACCUGGAAGGAGUUAGUGGGGCGGAAGAGGGGGACUCCUCCUAAACUGAAGGGUUUUUCUUUCAACUUGAGGAGUACCAGGCUUACAGUUCUCUCUCUCUCUCUGUCUCUCUCUCUCUCUGUCUCUCUCUCUCUGCCCCCCCUUCCCUGUGUGUCCCCCUGCAACUCAGAAUUACACUGUAGCUGACGAGCGUCCGCCCCAACUGUGGCACCUCUGCUCUAUGCCCCUGGGCAUCUGGCUCAGUUUUCCCAUUCAGUGCCCGCUGAAGUAGAGCUUUCAGUGUGUGUUAGACUAGCGCGUACCGUGCGUGUGGUGGUGUUACUGUAAAUGGGGAAGUCAAGUUAUUUGCGUCUGUGACCAAACAUAAAUGCACACACACAGAGGGUCACCUGUCCUCUCUCUCUCUCUCUCUCUCUCUCUCUCUCUCUCUCUCUCUC